AUGGCCGACGUCUGGGGUAAUGGCGUAGGUAGCCCCUCCCAGGACGACUACGAUGAGGACGACAUCAUCACAAGCGAGGACUGCUGGACCGUCAUUCAGUCCUUCUUCGACUCAAAGGGUCUGGUCUCACAACAGCUCGACUCGUUUGAUGAGUUCGCCGGUACCUCCAUGCAGGAUAUUGUGACCGAACAGGGUCGCAUCGUCAUCGACCAGAAUGCGCCGCAAGACGACAACGAAGUCGACCCCAUCGUCAAGCGCCGCUACGAAAUCGAAUUUGGCAACAUCACCAUCUCCCAGGCUGCCAUCACCGAAGGCGACGGCUCCACUCGUCCUCUCUACCCCAAUGAGGCCCGUCUGCGCAACUUGACCUACUCGAGUCCCAUCUACCUUGGCAUGACCAGUCGCGUUUUGGUCGCUCGCGAAAGACGCAUUGGCGCAACACAGCACGACGACGACGAUCCGGACCACGUACCGAACGAAGACGACGAGACCGAGUUGGUAUGGGAGAAGGAGGACCCUGAUGCUGUCGAGAAGGAGGAGCGUGUCUUUAUCGGAAAGCUGCCCGUCAUGAUCAAGUCCAAGAUCUGUACCCUACGCAACCGCUCGGAACAGGAACUUUACGCCUUCCAAGAAUGCCCUUACGAUCAGGGUGGUUACUUCAUCAUCAACGGUUCAGAAAAGGUUCUGAUCGCUCAAGAACGUAGUGCUGCCAACAUCGUCCAGGUCUUCAGGAAGAAGGGCAGUCCCACUCCUAUUGUCGCUGAAAUCAGAAGUGCUAUCGAAAAGGGCACCCGGUUGCUCUCGUCCAUGCAGCUGAAGUGGUAUCAGAAGGGUGACCAGUCCAGGGCUGGAAACGUGGGCGGUGUCAUCAAGGCUACCUUGCCUUACAUCAAGGCCGAUAUCCCCAUUGCCAUCGUCUUCCGCGCGCUUGGUAUUGUGUCAGAUAUGCAGAUCCUCGACUGUAUCUGCUACGAUGCAAACGACACACAGCUUCGCGAGAUGAUCAAGCCAUGUUUGGAAGAAGCUUUCGUUAUCCAGGACCGCGAGUAUGCCCUCGAUUACAUUGGCAAACGUGGUCAGCAGACGGGAACCAAGGAAAAGCGUAUUCGUUAUGCCCGCGACAUCUUGCAGAAGGAGUUCUUGCCUCACAUUUCCCAGCGAGAGGGUAGUGAGACAAGAAAGGCUUUCUUCCUUGGCUACAUGAUCAACCGUAUGUGUCAAGUCGCCCUCGGUAGAUGCGACGAAGACGACAGAGAUCACUUCGGAAAGAAGCGUCUCGAUCUGGCUGGUCCUCUGAUGGCUCAGGUCUUCCGUCUCAAGUUUACUCAACUUGUGCGUGACAUGCGCGUCUACCUUUCUCGCUGCAUUGAGCAAGGCAGAGACUUCAACCUUACUCUUGCCGUCAAGUCAAACAUCCUCACAUCAGGUCUGCGCUACUGUUUGGCCACUGGUAACUGGGGAGAUCAGAAGAAGGCUGCAUCGGCCAAGGCCGGUGUCUCACAGGUCCUGAACAGAUACACAUACGCUUCCACACUAUCACAUUUGCGACGAACGAACACUCCUAUCGGUCGUGAUGGCAAGAUUGCCAAGCCUCGCCAAUUGCACAACACUCACUGGGGUCUCGUCUGCCCUGCAGAGACUCCCGAAGGACAAGCUUGCGGUCUCGUUAAGAACUUGUCUCUUAUGUGUUACGUCAGUGUUGGUACUCCCGCUGAGCCCAUUGUCGAGUUCAUGAACCAGCGAAACAUGGAACUGCUUGAGGAGUACGAGCCCAAGAACAACCCGGAUGCCACCAAGGUCUUCGUCAACGGUGUGUGGGUGGGUGUUCACAGAGACCCUUCUCAACUCGUCAAGGUCGUGCAGGGCCUCCGUCGUAAUGGCACUAUCUCCUUCGAGAUCUCGCUCAUCAGAGAUGUCCGUGAGCGAGAGUUCAAGAUCUUCACUGAUGCUGGACGUGUCAUGAGACCAUUGUUCGUUGUCAACAACGAUCCUGCAAGCCCGACCAAGGGUCAACUCGUCCUCAACAGACAGCACAUUACCAACCUUCUCAAUGCAAGAGAGACUGAGACUAUUGGUUUGAGCGAAGAGGAGCGUGAUAGUGCAAUCUAUGGCUGGAAGGAUUUGAUCAAUGAGGGAGUUAUCGAAUACCUGGAUGCUGAAGAAGAAGAGGCUGCCAUGAUGGUCAUGUCUCCAGAAGAUCUGGAUGAGCAUCGCCAGAUGAGAGCCGGUCUUGUCUACGAUGAACCAGUGACCGAUCCUCACCGAAGAAUCAAGAGCAAGCCCAACCCAAACGUCAGAAUCUGGACUCAUUGCGAGAUCCACCCUGCCAUGAUUCUAGGUAUCUGCGCCUCGAUUAUUCCCUUCCCCGAUCACAACCAGUCGCCUCGUAACACCUACCAAUCUGCCAUGGGUAAGCAAGCUAUGGGCAUUACACUCACCAACUACAACGUGCGUAUGGACACCAUGGCCAACGUCCUCUACUACCCUCAAAAGCCUCUCGGCACUACGCGAUCCAUGGAAUACCUCAAGUUCAGAGAAUUGCCUGCCGGACAAAACGCUAUCGUCGCUAUUGCUUGUUACAGUGGUUACAACCAGGAAGAUUCCGUCAUCAUGAACCAGUCGUCGAUCGAUCGCGGUCUCUUCCGCUCGUUGUUCUACCGUGCUUACAUGGACCAAGAGAAGCGUGUUGGUAUGUCGGUUGUGGAGCAGUUCGAGAAGCCUACUCGCGGAGACACCAUGAGAAUGAAGCACGGAACAUACGACAAGCUGGACGAUGAUGGUAUUAUUGCACCAGGCACUCGUGUCUCUGGUGAAGAUAUCAUCAUCGGUAAGACUGCACCUAUGGCUCCCGACGCUGAAGAGCUUGGCCAGCGUACGAAGUUCCACAUCAAGCGCGAUGUGUCGACUCCUCUGCGUUCCACCGAGAGCGGUCUCAUCGACCAGGUGCUUCUUACAACCAACGUCGAAGGUCUCAAGUUCGUCAAGGUUCGCACACGAACAACUAAGAUUCCUCAAAUUGGUGACAAGUUUGCUUCUCGUCACGGUCAGAAGGGUACCAUUGGUAUUACCUACCGCCAAGAAGACAUGCCUUUCACCGCCGAUGGACUUGUGCCCGAUAUUAUCAUCAACCCUCACGCCAUUCCUUCUCGUAUGACCAUUGCCCAUUUGAUUGAAUGUCUGCUAUCAAAGGUUGGUUCUCUUCGUGGUCAAGAAGGUGACGCUACUCCCUUCACCGAUGUCACUGUCACUCAAAUCUCCGACUUGCUUCGUCAACACGGCUUCCAGCAGCGUGGUUUCGAAGUCAUGUACAACGGUCACACUGGUAAGAAGAUGUCUGCUCAGGUCUUCCUGGGUCCCACAUACUACCAGCGCCUGCGUCACAUGGUCGACGACAAGAUUCACGCUCGUGCUCGUGGUCCCACUCAGAUUUUGACUCGUCAACCUGUGGAAGGAAGAGCACGCGACGGUGGUCUGCGUUUCGGAGAGAUGGAGCGUGAUUGUAUGAUCGCUCACGGUGCCUCUGCUUUCUUGAAGGAGAGAUUGCUUGAUGUUUCGGACGCUUUCCGUGUUCACGUUUGCGAGAUCUGCGGUCUGAUGACUCCUAUCGCACCUUGCAAGAACAAGACCGAGAUCGCACAGAUCAUCAUCCCAUACGCCGCCAAGCUCAUGUUCCAAGAGCUUGCAGCCAUGAACGUGGCCACGCGCAUGUACACCAAGCGUAGCGGUGUCAGCAUCAGAUGA